ACUCAGAAGGUCGGUUUAGCGAAAAGAACAGUCACAACUAUACGAGAUCUCCACCGGAGAAAAUUCCGGCGAGCGGUAUAUAUUAAUAAUACCCGUCUCGAUCCAACGGUAGAGAAACUCCAGUGAGGUUCCGAUGAGCUAUGGUCAACCAUCAUUGACUUGGGUCGUUCUUUUGACUCGAUGCAUCUCAUCUCAUCUUCCACCACUAAUUAUUCAAUCACGUUUUCGUUUUCGCCAAGAAUAAAUGCAAAACAUGCAUGCUCAACCCUGUUUCUUUUUUUUUUAACGAGAGCAGAAAAACUUCAUAUAAACCUCAUGGCUGAUCUGAUCACACAACCUCUGUUGCAAACCAAACUCCAACCAUGCCCACAAACGAAACUAAGGCCUCCCCACUUUUUUUGUUUGUCAUUUCUAUAAACACAACCUAGCUCGUAUAACAAGCAAAAACUUCCUAGCUCAGUCAAAUAAAUAUCUCUCAGCAAGAAACAUGAGAUUAUUCUCUCCCGUGUUGCUGUCUCUCUUCUUAUUACUUUCAGCUCUAUGUUCAGCCACCGUGGAAAACGCGGCGGACUGUGUGGCCGUUGGAACGCUGAUAUCCUCAUGCACUGAGUUUGUGAAUUACGGCUACCCGGAUCCUAUACCCGGUUCAAGCUGCUGCGACGCCAUGACACUCCUCGGAACUUACUCUGAUUCUUCUGUCAAGAGAAUGUGGCUCUGUAACUGCUUCAUUGAUCUCAUCAAUGUCUAUAACUCAAACGCCACAGCCAUCUCUACCUUGUCUGGCUUCUGCGGCAUCGUUUUGGGCUUCACCAUCGACCCUAACACCGACUGCAACUUCAUUCAGUGAAGGCAAGGGACAAGACUUUUGGAGGUUCGGUGUUGUGGAUCAAACUGAACAGAUUGUUUAUGAUGUAUUAAACUCAUACUUCUUGUCUUGUUAAAAAACAGUUAACGAACAUUACAUCGGUUAGUUUAGAGUUCGGUUUUGAUUGAACAUUUAAUCAAGUAACAUAAAAGAACAGAGUUGUGUUCCUUCUUAUGCAAGCAAUAGAAACUUGUUAAAAAAAAAAAA